UAUUACUAGUUUCUUUCAAUCCAAAGAAGAAGAAAACCAAAGUAUGAUUGAUCUUCAAGAGUUUCUUUCAUUUCAUUCCAUUGUUUCUCUCCUUCUCCGCUUCCUUAUAAGAGGUUUUCGGAAGUCAUCGUCCAUUCACAUGAGCUGCGUAACCCUAACAUCACCUCAGCCACUUUCAGCCAUUAGUCAUGAAAUAACAAAAAAGCCGAGGAUCGAAGGAGGGGAAAAUAUGGGUAUGUCAAAUGAUGGUGUUAAUAUUGGAAAAAAUUGUAAUAGAGAUCAUAUGCAGAGAAGUCUUAAAAUGUUGAAGAGGAGGCCGAGUAUGCUUGUUGUUCCCGAUUGUGAUCAGCAGCUUCAUGAGGAGUUUGAAUUAUUCAAUGAAAUUGCAGUUAAGAAGAAAGAGAUGAUCAUGAAUAACUAUAGUUAUGAUCAUAAUGUUGUUCAUGAGGUUGAAGGAAGAGGUUUCCUUUUGGCUACUAGUAAAGGGACUAGGAAAGAAACAAUGGAGGAUAGAUAUGGUGUCAUGCUUGAUGUAAUGGGGAACCCUAAACAGGCAUUUUUUACUGUAAUUGAUGGUCAUGGAGGAGAAGCUGCAGCUGAUUUUGUGUCCCAAAACCUAGGGAAGAACAUCGUUAAGGAACUCAAAACUACAAUAUUUGACGAGUUUAAAAUAGAUAGUCAAGUGACUGAAAAUGCCAUUCGACGAGGUUAUUUGGAAACCGACACCCAAUUUCUUAACAAGAAUUUGAAUGGAGGAGCUUGCGCAACUAGUGUGCUAAUAAAGAAUGGGCAAGUUUAUGUGGCUAACGCCGGAGAUUGCAGAGUGGUCUUGAGCCGGAAUGGAGUUGCUCAUCUUCUCACUCUCGAUCACCGCCUCACUCGUGAAGACGAGUGUAUUCGCAUCCAAAAUUCUGGUGGUUACGUGCAAUGUUGGAAUGGAGUAUGGAGAGUGAACGGAUCGCUAGCGGUUUCGAGGGCGAUCGGAGAUGGAUAUCUUAAACAAUGGGUCAUUUCCGACCCUGAGAUUAAGACUUUCUCACUUACUUCAUCGGACAUUAGUAAAUGUGACUUUCUCAUUCUUGCUUCUGAUGGGCUGUGGGAUAAGGUCACCGGCCAGGAGGCCGUUGAUGCGGUCAUGAGAGAUUCGGCACGAUCGGGAACGAAAGCGCUUCUCGACAUGUCGCGCAGCCGAGGCUGCCGAGAUGAUAUCACUGUCAUGUUGGUGGAUCUUCAACCAUUUUUCUAG